UGGGUGGUGCAUCUGUGCAGCCUGGCCUUCACCAUUCUCUUCUCCGCGCUGCUACUGCUCCUCAUCGACUGGCGCGCGCUCCUCUCGCUCAACUGCUCCGCCGCCUCCGCCGCCGCCGCAGCCGCCGCCAUCUCCGCCGCUCCCCACGCUACUCCCGCCGCUGCCGCCAGCGGUGGAUUCGCGGCGACGGGGGCGGGUGAGCGUCCCGUUUUCCGGACACUGGCUGAGACGAGGGGCGAAAGGGAGUGGCGCGAGGGACGUUUGUACGAGCGAGAUGGGGAGAGAGGCACGCAGGGCAGGGGUGCAGGGGCAAUGAGCGAUGUUGGACCAGACACGAUUGUAAAUAGUCCUGUAUAUAGAGGCUCAUUCGUAGAUGUAUAUAGUGGUGGGGAUGGGUCGAGAGUCGAAGCAGGCGCGCUGCAGGAUGCGAUAAUCCCUGGGGAGCGGAGGAGGAGGCUUGUACAGGGGAGCGCAGCAGAGGAGAGAGUAGCAGAGGGAACGGAAGCAGAGAGGGGGUUAGCAGAGGGGAGGGUAGUGGAGGGGAGAGUAGCAGAGGGCGCAGCAGAGGGCGCAGCGGAAGCGGCAGUGUAUGAAGCGGAGGGGGCGGCGGAGGGCGCGUGCAACGUGCUGAGGCACGCCAUACGGAGAGACGUGUUUCGGCGUGUGACUGUGUGGGAGGUGACAGUAACGGCGUACCUGGCGCUGCUGUGCCUGUACUGGCUCCUCUGCUUCGCGCACUUCUUCCUCCGCCUCCCCGCUCUGCUGGAAACGCGCGCCCUCUUCCGCCACAG